CCCCGGCUGCCCGGGGCUUGGCUGAUCACAGCCAUCUGCCCUCACACAAACAAGGGGGCUGGAGCAAGUCCUCAAAAAUCAGGUCAAAAUUUGUGUGUGAAUGCAAAGAGAGCCAGAGGCAGCACAGCAGGCAGGCCCAAUUUUCCAUUAACUUGCAAAGCCACACAGAGCUGAAAUUCCAAUGGGCUGCCCUCGAACUUUAUUGCUGGCCUUGUUUGCUGUCUUUGCUGAUCUUAUCUGUAACUGCUUUGGUGGCACAUGUGACAGGGGCUGGGGAGUGAAACAAGCGCCCAUCCCUCCCCCUGUCCUCAGCUCCUGUCGCUGUGGGGUUGUGGCCACAUAGCUUCAUCUUGUUUUCUGUGUGAUGGGGGCAAGGGUUUAAGUGGCUUGUUGACUCAGGGAUGGAACUGGGGGCAGUUCUGAGCCCUGGGGGCUUAGUGGUACCCUGUCCCUGGGUCUGGAGGGGAAAGGGGCUGUGGGACCACGGGCAUCUCUGCUGCCUGGUACUGAGAGCUGCCAGCUCCCAGCCCUGGACAAGCACAGACAGACUUACACCACUCUGUGCACCCUGUCUUCUCCAGCAGCCUGGAAUCCGAGUUCCAGCAGGAGCAUCCCUCAGAUCCCUUGAUGUCACACUCCCCCCUUCCCCCUCGUUUCACUGUGAGAUAAAGGCCCUGUUCCCCUCCCCACAUCCGGCCCAGCUCAGUGCCACAGGCGGCACCUUGGAGACCAGCCAGGAUGAUUUACGAGAUCUGACAGGUCUGGGGCAGUAUCCCAGGGAAGGGUGAGGGUGCGUGGGAGUCUUGCUCCCUUUUUCCAUAAUAAAUCCCUGUGAACUGAAUGUUCCUGGGUUGGGGCCGGAGGCAAACUCAGCGCUGCAUUUCUCUGCUGAUCUGUCCUUGGGCCUUAAUCUCAAAUCCGUUAUCGCUGGCCCCAUCGAGCGCUGGGAGGCAGUGAUGCCCAUUAUGGUGGUUUUGGUAUCCCUUCCAGCUAUUUUUUUCCCCCUGACCAGCUCGAGGUGGUUCAGGCUGAUUCCUUUCCUCUAUUAGCAUCAGUGGUGGGUGUGUGCCGGUCACCUCGCUCCGGUUUUGUGCAGUAUAAAGCCGGCAAGCCCCUCUCCACCCUGUCCCCACCUGGCAGGCUGCUGGGCAGGGGCAAUGGCCGAGCUGCCCAUCCCAGAUGUGCCCCCAGCCCGCUGCAGCGGCCGCUUCACCAUCAGCACCCUCCUGGGCAUGGAGGAGGCGGGCCGGGGUCCCUACACACCCACCGAGGGGUCCAGCUGUGACAGCGCCCAGCCCACCCAGCUGUCCAGCAGCACCCUCUGCACCAGGACCUUCGGCUACAACACAGUGGAUGUGGUGCCAGCCUACGAGCACUACGCCAACAGCAAGGGCGUGGGCGACCCCAGGAAGGGCAGGCCCUCGCUGGCUGACCUGCACUCCAUCCUCAAGCCUGACCCGAGCCGCCUUCGCACGCCGGUGUCGGACGUGCAGCACAGCAAUGGGCUGCCAGAGGCCGGGCCGGAGGCUGGGCUGGAGGAGGCAGAAGGGGAGCCAGGCAGAGACUCCGAGCCAGAACCCGUCCGCUUUGGCUGGGUGAAGGGCGUCAUGAUCCGCUGCAUGCUGAACAUUUGGGGAGUUAUCCUCUACUUGCGCUUGCCCUGGAUCACCGCCCAGGCAGGAAUCGCCCUGACAUGGCUCAUCAUCCUCAUGUCUGUGACAGUGACCACCAUAACCGGCUUGUCCAUCUCUGCCAUAUCCACCAAUGGCAAAGUGAAGUCAGGAGGCACCUACUUCCUGAUCUCACGGAGCCUGGGGCCGGAGCUGGGCGGCUCCAUCGGGCUGAUCUUUGCCUUUGCAAACGCCGUGGCCGUGGCCAUGCACACAGUGGGCUUUGCUGAAACUGUCCGGGACCUGCUGCAGGAGCACAAUUCCCUCAUCGUAGACCCCACCAAUGACAUCCGAAUCAUUGGGGUCAUCACUGUGACGGUGCUGCUGGGCAUUUCCCUGGCUGGCAUGGAAUGGGAGGCCAAGGCACAGAUACUGUUCUUCCUGGUCAUCUUGGUUUCCUUCAUUAACUACCUGGUGGGGACAGUGAUCCCAGCCACUGCUGAGAAGCAAGCAAAGGGCUUCUUCAGCUACCGAGCUGAUAUCUUUGCUCAGAACUUUGUGCCCAACUGGCGUGGACCUGAGGGCUCCUUCUUUGGCUUGUUUUCCAUCUUCUUCCCGUCCGCAACCGGCAUCCUGGCUGGGGCCAACAUUUCAGGUGACCUGAAGGAUCCUGCCAUAGCCAUCCCCAAGGGCACCUUGAUGGCUAUCUUCUGGACCACGAUGUCCUACCUGGUGCUUUCUGCUACCAUUGGUGCCUGUGUGGUCCGAGACGCCUCAGGCAGCCUGAACGACAGCGUGGCCGUGGGUUCUCCGGGCUGUGAGGGGCUGGCCUGCAGCUUCGGCUGGAACUUCACUGCCUGUGCCCAACAGCAGAGCUGCCGAUAUGGGCUCAGCAACUACUACCAGAGCAUGAGCAUGGUGUCUGGAUUUGGCCCCCUCAUUACAGCAGGAAUCUUUGGUGCUACCCUCUCCUCAGCAUUGGCCUGCCUUGUCUCAGCCCCCAAAGUCUUCCAGUGUCUCUGCAAGGACCAGCUCUAUCCUCUCAUUGGCUUCUUUGGGAAGGGCUAUGGGAGGAACAGCGAGCCCAUCCGUGGCUACAUGCUCACCUAUGUCAUUGCUGUUGGCUUUAUCCUCAUCGCCGAGCUCAAUGCCAUCGCCCCCAUCAUCUCCAACUUCUUCCUCUGCUCCUACGCCCUCAUCAACUUCAGCUGCUUCCACGCCUCCAUCACCAACUCCCCAGGCUGGCGACCCUCCUUUCGGUAUUACAGCAAGUGGGCUGCACUCUUUGGAGCUGCCGUCUCAGUGGUGAUCAUGUUCCUGCUGACCUGGUGGGCAGCCCUCAUUGCCUUCGGCAUCGUCAUCUUCCUCCUGGGAUAUGUCCUCUACAAAAAGCCAGAUGUCAACUGGGGCUCCUCCAUGCAAGCCAGCUCCUACAACAUGGCCCUCAACUACUCAGUGGGGCUGAGCGAAGUGGAUGAGCACAUCAAGAACUACAGACCACAGUGCCUGGUGCUGACCGGCCCACCCAACUUCCGCCCUGCACUGGUGGAUUUUGUGGGGACCUUCACCAAGAACCUCAGCCUGAUGCUCUGUGGCAACGUGCUGAUUGUGAGUCACCUGCAGGAGCUGGGCCCGUGGAAGCAGAAGAUGCCGGAGUCCCGGCUGAUGGCAGAUGGCCACACUAAGUGGCUAAUGAAGAGGAAGAUCAAGGCUUUCUACACAGAUGUGGUGGCUGAGGAUUUGAGAAGUGGUGUCCAAAUGCUCAUCCAGGCUGCUGGCCUCGGGAAGAUGAGACCUAACAUCUUAGUGCUGGGCUACAAGAGGAACUGGCAGACGGCAUCUCCCCAGAGCCUGGAGGACUACGUGGGCAUCCUGCAUGACGCAUUCGAUUUCAAGUACGGCGUGUGCGUAAUGCGGAUGAAGGAAGGGCUGAACGUUUCCGGAGUGCUGCAGGCACAUGUUAACCUCACGUUCGAGGCAGCAGAGCACCCCGAGAAUGGCACUGGCAGCAGAGCAGCCCCAGGCACAGCAGACCCCACCACCUUGGCCAGUGAGCAGCAGGCAAGCACCAUCUUCCAGAGCAAGCAGGGCAAGAAGACCAUUGACAUUUACUGGCUCUUUGAUGAUGGAGGUCUCACGCUGCUCAUCCCCUACCUGCUGGGGCGCAAGAAGCGCUGGGCGAAGUGCAAAAUCCGGGUGUUUGUCGGCGGGCAGAUCAACAGGAUGGACGAGGAGAGGAAGGCGAUUGUCUCUCUACUGAGCAAGUUCCGCCUCGGCUUCCAUGAGGUCCACAUCCUCCCUGACAUCAACCAGAAACCCCGGCCAGAGCACAUCAAGCGAUUUGAUGAACUCAUCGCUCCCUUCAGGCUGAACGAUGGUUUCAAAGAUGAGGCCACAGUGAACGAGAUGAGGCAGGGCUGUCCCUGGAAGAUUUCUGAUGAGGAGGUCGAUAAAAACAGAGCCAAGUCACUCCGACAAGUGAGGCUGAAUGAGAUUUUGCGGGAUUACUCACGGGAUGCAGCACUCAUAGCCAUCACCCCGCCCAUCGGCAGGAAGGGCCGCUGCCCCAGCUCCCUGUACAUGGCCUGGCUGGAGACCCUCUCUCAGGACCUGAGACCCCCCAUCAUCCUCACACGAGGAAACCAAGAGAACGUGUUGACCUUUUACUGCCAAUAAAGCCUCCUGCAUUCCUGAUGA